CAUCAUGGACUCGGACCCACCAUUUCACAAGGCCUACAAGACCCUUUUAGACAAAACCGCGGACAAAGCCACCGCCACCAUAAUCAACAGCAACACCAACAACAAGGACCAUGAGGAGAUGCUGCAGCUUGUCAUCGUCAAGGAAUGCGACCUGCCGCUUAUCGAUCUGCGGCGGUUGGACCUCGGAGAAAGGGAAAGGGAAGAGUGCAAGUUAGAGAUAGCUAGGGCUUCUCAAGAGUGGGGUUUCUUUCAGGUUGUGAACCAUGGGGUUUCUGGUGGGCUGCUUCAGAAGAUGAAGAUUGAGCAAGAGAAGGUGUUCAAGCAGUCGUUUGAUAAGAAGAGUCAGGAGGACAAGCACUUGAAUUUCUCUGCGGGUAGUUACCGUUGGGGAACGCCUUCAGCCACAUGCCUAAGACAAUUGGCUUGGUCUGAAGCGUUUCACAUUCCACUCAAAGAUAUUUCCACCUCAUCAGCAGCUGGUCUCGAUUAUAAUCUCAGCUCGACAAUGGAACAGUUUGCUACAACAGUUUCAAGUCUGGCACUGAACUUGGCUGAAAUUUUAGCUGAGAAAUUGGGUCACAAGUCGACAUUUUUCCAAGCAAAUUGUUUGCCCAGCACGUGCUAUCUCCGAUUGAACCGAUAUCCACCAUGCCCCAUCCCUUCUGAGGUGUUUGGGUUGAUGCCACACACUGAUAGCGACUUCCUUACAAUUUUGCAUCAAGACCAGGUUGGAGGACUGCAGUUGGUCAAGGAUGGGAUAUGGAUCGCGGUUAAACCUAAUCCUGCGGCCCUAAUCAUCAACAUCGGAGAUUUAUUUCAGGCAUGGAGCAACAAUGUGUACAAGAGUGUUCAACAUCGAGUGGUCACGAAUUUGGCAGUGGAACGAUUCUCGACUGCAUAUUUCCUAUGCCCUUCGUAUGAGACUGUGAUACAAAGCUGCCGUGAGCCAUCGGUGUAUAGAAAAUUCAGCUUCGGGGAGUAUAGGCGGCAAGUCCAAGAGGAUGUUAAACUGCUGGGUUCCAAAAUAGGUCUUCCUAGAUUUGUUGUAUAA